ACAUGCAAAACCAAGAGUGAUAAAGCACAAUAUUCUUUUAACGGAACUGCUAAUGUUUUUAACUACAGCUCGGUUACAGCAGGUGUUACAAUUUAACCUGAAUUUUACAUCUUACUUUACCCUUAUUGAUCUGUUUUUGAUUUUACAUGCAAUAAAUCGGUUCUUUGUUAUUUUUCCAGAAUGGAGGGAGAGUUGAAGUGUAAUUUUAAGAAGUGUAGAAAAGGAUUGAACGCAAUUGCUUAUGUUACAUCAUGUUCACAUAUAUUUUGUGAUGAAGAUGGAACAAGGGAAUUUGCAAAAAUUCUUCAGUGUCCAGCCUGUGAGACUUCCCUUCCCAACAAACAUGAUAUUCUCAGGAUUGAUCUUCAUCCCCCAGAGCAGUAUAAAAGUAUGGUUUUAGCAGGUCAGAAGCCAGACACAGUGGUUGAAGUGAUGUCCAGGGCCAUCUCAUUCUGGACUUACCAAACUGAUAUAGAGAGAAGUCACCUUGAAAGAAUGGCUGCCCAGGCUAAAGAAAAGGCAGAGAAAUUGGAAGGAUGGUAUGAGAAAAUUGUUGCCAGGCAACAGGCUGAAAUAGAAGCUUUGAAGGUGCAGCUUACCAAUGCCAAGAAAGAAAUAGAAAGCUUAAAGAAGAAGUAUCAUGAGCUGGCAGAAGUUAAUAUGGAGAAGAGUAGACAAAUCACAAAACUGCAGGGUCUCUUUGAAUCCACUCGUCGCAAGAAUGUCUACCUUGCUCAGAGUGAUGCAGCAGAAGCAUUGAAACCACCAGGCAGAGUGUCGGCUCCUCCAUCCAUAACACAGGAAGGUCUGGGAGAUGCUGACCGCACUGUUGUACUGAGGACACCAUUUGAUCACAGUGGUAAAAAGGUCACUCCAGUUAUUCCUGGUGUAGUUGGUGGGAUGAAUGCAGUGCAGAGACACUUCACUAUGGACCUGAGCACACCUCAGAAGCUAGCUCAGAACAAACACGGCCGGCCGCCAUAUUGAUAGCAUCAACAGUAUCAUAUUAAUGCAGAGAUAUUCUUGCAACUGAGGAUGUUUUUGUAAAGCACUCAAACAUGCUUCGACAGAGAAUAAUUCAUGAAUUUAUGUAUCUUGAAAAUGGCUUUUUUUUUCAUUGCAAAUGAUAAAUUGUAAGACCUAUUUAAGAAAUACUUGAUAUUACUCAUGUCCAAAGCUUUUCUUUGUGAGGGUUAUUUUGUAAGUUUACAUAUCUUUUAAAACUUUUGUGCUAAUGUUGUGAUUUUUAUCUAUGGCAUUUUUGUUUUACUUAACUGCUUAAAUUUUGAUGGUUGCCAUAUUCUCAUUGUUAUUUGCGUUUUAAUU